GCACUUACAGUACGUUGGGAUAUUAUCGGUAAGAUUCGAAAGUGUUCAAGUGGAAGAAAAACUGGAUAUUUGGAAAAGAAAGUGUGUAUAUUUCUCGCGCGGCGUCGGCCGAACGAAACGACGACGACGAAGAAGGAGCUCUGCUUCGUCUCUCAAUGUAUACACGAGUCUACGGUCGGUAUGUGUGUUUGUUUGUGAGAGUGCGCGAUCGAAACGAAUAGCACCGAUCCAGAGCAGUUGAAGACCGGUAGACGUUCACGUACGCAGCCACUGAGAAACACGGAGGCAUUGAGUGGAAACGAAGAAAGAGAGAGUGCGCAUGAUAAUCGUAUCCUCGAUAGCUGCCAGAUAAAGACGCACAGGGUGCUGCGUGCAACUUCUCUCUUUUACACGUACACGUAUAUAUACAGGCACACAUAUACUGAAACACAAGAACGGGCGCGCGCGCAUACACACGCAUAUAUACACGUAUACAAACACAAGUGAAAGAAGAGGAGGAGAAGGCAGCUAUCGAAUCUAUUGGGGCCUGCGAAUGUUGGUCGCGUAAAGGGGACUCGCGUACGAUGUACGCGUCCUCGGACUUCGGGAAAGUGCUACGUAUGUUCGUUCCUUCGUCGUGUGUACGUGUUUAUCGUGUGUGACGAAAAGUAGUGCAGGAUCGUUAUGUGUUAGCUUGUUAGAUUGUUGUGUGUUAAAGAGGAUUUUAAUAGGAGAAUAUAGUAACAUCAGUGGAAAAAGAGAAAGAAAGGAGAAAAGGAGAUGCAAGGUGAAACAAGUGAGCGAGAGUGAAGGUGGACGGGGCACACGCAUCGGUUAGUUAACGCUACUACCGAAAAAGAAGAGGAACGCGCGUAGCGUCGCAUGGAUAAUCGAGCCUGUACACUGUAUACUGUACACGAUGUAAAGUGCGUACAACAGGCAGUAUCUAUGUGUCUGUGCGAGCGUGCGCGAACGCGACCGCCUGUGUAUUUAAACGUAUCGAGAUCUGGUUGAGUGAUUCGUCCCUAGUGUGUUCGCGUUUAUGCGUGGGAACGAGGUCGCGAGGUGAAUUUUCUACGCGCCACGAGACACUCGACAAUACUGGAAAAUUAAUCAUCUUUCUUCGAAUUGGAUUACCUUUUGGGAUACACCACUUUCGAUGAAUUCGUAUGAACGAUAACACGAGACAACAUCGAUGAAACAAAAGAAAAGAAAAAGUGGAUUUUUGAAACGAUCAACGCGAAUUUGUCCAGUCUUCGAUACAAGCGCACGAUGAUCGAAAUUUUGGCAAACGAUGGAAGUACGAUCACCGUUUUAGCGGCGAGUUGGAAAGAAAAAUCACGGUCGGAUUUCGCUCUUCGUAAAAGGAUCAAAGGAAGAUUUGUGCGGAGUGUCUAAUUGAGCGGGAUCGAUUUUAUAGAAAAAUACCACGCGGAAACAUAAAGGAGACGAGCGAUCGUUCAACGCGACAUGCGAGAUAAAGGGACGUAAAAACACCGAUAGACGACGACGACGACAACGACGAACAUCGGACACUGGGAUACGAUACAUCAAAGAACAGUGAAGAACAAUUCCUACCGGAAUAACCCGUGUCUUUGAAACAACGGAGAAAGAGAAGAAAAAUACGGAGGAGGAAGAAGAAGAAGAAGAGGAGGAGGAGGAGGUGGUGGUGGUGGUGGUGGUGGCUGGAGAGAAGGGAUCAACGAUAAGGGAAUACGGUGCACUGAUAACGGGUCGAAGAAGGAGAGGAAGAAAAAGAGGAAUCAAAGAUAAAAGGUUCGGCCGAAGAAGGGGGGAAAAGGAAAGGAGGGGAUAACGCAAGGAGAAAAAGAGAAGAAAGGCUGAGCCGCCUCCCAUGACGAGAUCGCGCGAAUUGGUAAAAAUCGGUAAACGAGGUAUCGUAGCAGCGUCAUAGAGCAAACAAAAAAAAAAAGCGGUAGAGAGGGAAUCGCACCGAUCGCGAAGAUAGGGAAUCAGAGAGAAAGAGAGAGAAAUAGGAAGAAAGAAAGAGCGUGAGAAAUAUAAGAGAGAAAGGGAGAACGGCGAAGAGAUCGGGAGGCGGAUAUAUCGAAAGAAUCGGUAAUAUCGGUGUGUGGAGGGCAGCCGCGAGACGGUAAGUGAUGUGUUCGAUGAACGUGGCGCGUCUUGCGGGCGGUGGUCGGGGUAAAAUUGACGCGUGUUGCGCGUGGUGCCAUUGUUUGGAAUCGGUGAGAACAGGCGGGCAGUUGGUGAUCAGGCUGGCGGGCACCGGGGUAACGUUUCAAAGGGCAUGGCGACCACGCCACUAGGCGGUCGCCUCCCUAACGUAAACCGCAAAGGACCAUCUCCGUUCAUCGGUGGUGGUGGUGGCAACAGCGUAAAUUACGGCAUCGGCAACGAUAACAAUAACAAGAACAGCGGCACGAACAACAGCAAUCACGUUAUCAAAAAUAGUCACCACGGUAACAACAACGGUGGAGGCAACAACAAUAACAGUAUCGUCAAAAAUAAUAACAGCCGCAACAACAAUAACAAUACAAUCAACAACAACGGCAACCACUUUAAUCAUCGUAGCAACAGCCACGAUAACGGUAGUGUCAACGGCUGUGGGUGCCACGUGGACAGCAGCCACGGGAAAAGCUGUUGUGCGAUCGAGUGCGGGAACAACAACAACGGGCAGCUCAACGGUGGCAACGGUGCUAACAGCAUCGGCGGUGGCAAACACAACGGCGGACAUAUCGUUGGUGGCAACGUCGGAGGGGGAGGAGGAGGAGGAGGAGGAGGAGGAGGAGGCGGAGGCGGUGGUGAACACUUGUCCAGAAAACGGGAACGCGGGCUAGCAGGAAGAGAUCAUCGGGAGCACCGACAUCACCAUCAUCAUCACCAUCAUCAUCACCAUCAUCAUCAUCACCAACAUCACCAUCAAGGUCGAGAGAGAUCGUCGUCGUCGUCGUCGUCGUCGUCAUCGGGACAACAGCGCGAGUCUAAAGCAAGCACGGUGGCUGCAAACACCGAUGAGCUGGAUCCGGCCGCGACGAAUGCGACCAAUAACUUCGAAUACGACGACAACGAAUGGGAUAUCGGAAUAGGAGAUUUAAUAAUCGACCUUGAUGCGGACAUUGAGAAGACGAGGGACGAGAAAUUGAGCUCAGGGACAGGCAUGGCUUCUACGCCUGCCUCGGCAGCAUCGGCAUCGAAUACCACGAAUCAUCAUCAUCAUCAUCAUCAUCAUCAACUGCAAAGCACAGCGAACGGCUUGAGCUCGUCAAACUUGAUCGUAGCUACGACAGCAAGUCCGAACGGUUGUGGUCAAUCGUCAAACUCGUCGUCGUCGUCGUCGUCGUCUUCUUCUUCGACUUCUUCCGUCUCUUCUUCUUCGUCGUUAUCUUCGUCAUUAUCGUCGUCGUCGUCGUCGUCAUCCUCUUGUUUAUCCUCAUCGACUGUGUCGUCGUCCGCCUUGUCGUCUGUGUCGUCGUCCUGCGUGUUAAACUCGACCGGACGAUCGAACAGUCCCGCUAACGGGAACGCAAGUAUCGUGAAUAGCGUCGGUAGCAACGGUACCGGCAACGUGAACGGUUGCCCGGCGAUCGUCGCGGGCACCGCUUCAAAACAGAGUAACGCCUUGGUGGUAGGUAGCGUUAACUCAGCGCACGGAAAUUCUGGUAAUUCGGGCAAAAUGGCCGUUGAACACUCGGCCACCGUUGACAAAGGACUGAAAAUGAAGAUCAAACGUACGAAACCGGGUACGAAGAGCAGCGAGGCGAAACACGAAAUCGUCAAGUCGAAUGAAAUAAAUGGAACGAUAUCGUCGCAGGAUAGUGGGAACGGGGGUUCCAGUACCCUCUCCUCGAGUGGUUCGUCGGUGUCCGAUCGGUCGGGGGGCACGAGUUCCUCAUCGUCGAUCGGCUCGACUUCGAUCGUCGCUCAGAACGUUCAAAACUCGGACUGCAUCGCGGGUGGAACCGGUGCAACCGGAACCGGUGUCGGCGGUAGUGGAGGUGUCGGUGUCGGUGGCAGUAGUGGUGGUGGUGGUGGUGGUGGUUGUAGCGGCGGUGGCGGUGCUGGUAGCGGCAACGGUACCGGUGUCGGUGGCGGUAGUGCCAGCGGCUGUGGCGUCGGUGUCGGCGGAACUGGUACCGUCGCCGGGCCCGGAUCCGGCGGCGGAGGUACCGGCGGUAGUGGAGGUGUCGGUGGUGGCAGUAGUACCGGUGGUCAGUCGUCGUCAUCAUCGUCUUCGUCAUCGUCGUCAUCCUCGUCCUCGUCGUCUUCGUCGUCGUCGUCUUCGUCGAACAAAUCGAAAACGAGUCAUUCCGGAGGUUCCGCCGGUGGAACUGGAAGCGCAUCUUCUUCGACCGCCGGGUCAAAAAGAGGAUCGAGCGGACAUCGCCGGGACAAAGCACGGGACAAGCACGAGAAGCCACAAACUAAUCACACAGUCAAUCAACAGAGCAAAUCGGAGAUGAACGGAACCGCAAGACUUGGUGGUGGUGGCAGCAGUGGUGGUAGCAGUGGAGGAUCCAGCGGAGGCAGCGUUGGCGGUAGUAGCAGUGGCGGCGGCGGUGGCGGCGGCGGACAGGGUCAGACGUCGAACGGGCCGGGGCCGGGUCCAGGACCUGGACCAGGGUUGGGCGCCGGUGUCAUCGGGGUUGGAGCCGGUGCCGGGGCUGGCGCGGUCGCGCAAUCUCAGGGACCGCCAGCAGCCGCGACCGCCCCUCAGCAAAAUCAGGGACCGCCGCCGAGUUCGCGGACGGGAUUUUCGGUAUCCCAGGGGCCUGGUCAGCCAACUAGCUCCGCUGCGGCACCGUGUCCACCCCCGAGUCCGGCCAGCGCGACGGCCGCUGGUCCGGCUGCCAAACCUGAACAGACCAAACUCGCCACGGUACCCGGUACCGGACCUCCGAUCACUACGACGCCCGACGACGCCAUGGAUACCGCGGCCAGUCCUCCACCUCCGAAGAAACUGAAGACUUCCGCUUCCGAACCAAAGGACAUGUCCGAUGUGUGUGUCGGUACCAGCGUGGGGACCAUCACCGAGCCGGAAUGUCUGGGACCUUGCGAGCCUGGCACGUCGGUGACUCUCGAAGGGAUAGUCUGGCACGAAACGGAAGGAGGUGUACUGGUGGUGAACGUAACAUGGCGGGGGAAAACGUACGUUGGUACCUUGCUAGAUUGCACUCGUCAUGAUUGGGCGCCACCGAGGUUCUGCGACUCUCCGACCAGCGAUCUCGAUGCAAGGACACCGAAGGGUCGAGGCAAGAGGGGGAGAGCCGCGGCGAACGCGACUACGGGCAACGACCUGAGUAACUUCACGGAAACGAGGAGUUCGGUGCACAGUAAAUUACGAAAUGGUGGCGCGAAGGGACGCCGUGGUGCGCAAGGUUCGCCAGCAGCGAGUCCGAGUCCGGCGGCCUUUGUCCCGCCUCGUCCGGAUCCAGCGGCCAAGAGGAAAUCCCGAGGUCCUGAGGAAGAAGAUAAAAAUAAGAGACGUGCUCCGCCACCCACACCGCCGAGCGGUUCGCCACCGGCUAGUCCAGUGUUGCUCGAAUGCCCGGAACCGAACUGUAACAAAAAGUACAAACACAUAAACGGGCUCAAGUAUCACCAGAGUCACGCGCAUGGCUCGGCGGAUGACGACGACACCAAGGAGGGUAUCACCAGCAUGUCCGAGAACGACGAGAGCAAUAUCGAGGCACCGAGUCCGGCGACGCCGGUCAAAUCGCCGGCGGACAAGCCCGAGGGAACACCACUCCGGCCGGUCAGCCCUCCUACGACCGGUUUACCGCCGGAAACACCACCACCUCCUCCACGCGUUGCUUCUCCAAGUAUAGAACCUCCAUCCACGUCCGUGCUAUCCUCGGAAAGCAGUAAAAGCAUCGUGAAGCCAGGUGUGCUGAGAUUCGGACAGGAGGAUCUGCCCGCACCGUCGUCGACGAUACCCACUUCGGCGAGGCAACAGCAACAGUCGGCGCAACAACAGCAGCAGCAGCAGCAGUCGAACCAACUGGGCAGUUCGAACUCGCCUCAAAGUCCGAGUCCUCGAGCUAGUCAGUCGCCGAGAUCGGUACCCUCGCCGCACCCGAGCGCAAACAUUCCGGCUCCGUUAAAUAUUCCUCAGCCGCCCCAGCCGUCCCAAAUGUCACAGCAUUCGCAGCAACAGAAUCCCCUUUUACAGCAAAGUCAACAAUCGUUGCAGCCCGGUCAACCGGGACCACUACCUCCACCCCAGCAGCAGCAGCUUCAAUCCAGUCAACAACUACAAUCGUCUAUACAACAGCAGCAGCAGCAACAGCUGCCGACUGCUCACCAGCUGUCCGUGCAGCAUUCGCUAUCGGCGCAAUUGGGUCAGUCGGCGCAAGCUCACGUGGUGCAGCAAGCUGGAUUGCAACAACAGCAACAACCGUCGCAGUCGGGCGGGUUGCAGGGUAUCGCGAGCCAGCAUCCGGCACUUCAAAGUUUGUCCAGCCAAGUAUCGCAGCAAGCGACGGGCUUACAAGCGGCCCCUCCUUCGCAGACUGGUCACCCUGGGCAGGGUGUGCAACCACACUUGCAGCCCUACCAGAGCGUGUCGUUGCACGCGAAAAUGCCACAAUUCAAAGUUAAACCUACCGCGGCUCUGAUGCCCGACCAGGAUAAAAAUAAAGACCCGAGGUCGUCGUCGAAACCUCAGGGAUACAAGAAAAAGUCGAGAAAGUCGCCUGGCGGUAGCCCUCAUCCGUCACCGUUGGAAGCACCGAUCGUCGACGCAGCGCGAGAAGACGUUCAGAGUCCGGCCUACUCGGACAUUUCCGAUGACGCGGCUCCGGUGCUCGAGGCAGAGCCGACCGACAAGUCGAAACAGAGUCAGGAGAAGGACGGAAAAGCGACCGCCAGCGCGCACUUACCGCCUCAUUUCAACAUGUAUCCGUAUUACGGCCAACCGCCUUACCUCGUCCCGAGCGUUCCCGAGAGCAAGCCGGUCGACCAAAAGCCAAGCGAUCUGACUCCGAAGCAAGAAAUGAAACCGCUCAACAUACCGCAGAUGCCGACGCUGGCUAGCCUACAGAGCGUUGUAGCGGAGAAGGAGAAGAAGGAAUUGAGUCAAUCGGUGCCGCAACCACAGCAACAGCCGCACUAUUACGGUGGCUAUGGCGGUUACAUGCCUCCCGGUUAUCCGUAUCAGCCACCGCAGCCGGUAUCACAACAACAGCAGCAACAGCAGCAACAACAACAGCAGGCGCAAGAGCAAGAAAUGCACGAGCAGAAGACAAAGAUCAAGCAGGAGCCGCAGACGCAGCAACAGCAGCAGCAGCAGCCUAGCUUGAAGGACAAGCAACACGAGAAUCAUCAAAUAUUGAAGGAGAGUAUCGAGAUGAAGAGUCAAAUGAGCCCGUAUCACGUGUACCAUGGUGGACAGAGUCAGAGGGCGGCACCUCCACCGCCACCGUCAGCACCGAUACAGGAUGAUCGAAGGUAUUACCUGUAUCCGGGCGACCAGAGGCGAAAGGAGGAGGCGAGUAAGCAGAGUCAACAGGCGAAACCACCUCCUCCGAGUCCGAAGCAUCAACCGAAGCAGGAGAAGCCGCAAGACUUGGGAAAGAACGACGAUUCGAAGAACAAGCAGGAGGGCGUGAAGCCAACAAUGGAAACACAAGGACCACCGCCACCGCCCACGUCGCAGUACGCCUACAUUCAUCCGGGUUACAUGCAACCGCAACACUACAGCGCGUUGCCAUUUGACCCUGGUCAUCCGAUGUAUCGCGGGCUCAGCCCGAUGCUGGUUCCCGGACCGUAUUCCGGCAACCCGUAUCUUCAUCAACUACCGAGGUAUCACGCGCCGGAGGAUCUCAGUAGACCGCCCGGUGGCAAAGCCCUCGAUCUGCUUCAACACCAUGCCAAUCAGUAUUAUUCGGCGCACAAGAUACACGAGCUUCAGGAGCGUGCGCUCAAAUCGCCUACCCCGAAAACGUCCGCGGCUUCUGCCAGUCCUUCGUCAGCAGGACCGACGCCCUCGCGGCCGCCGAGCGGACCGCCUAGUUCGGUCGCUGGACCAGGUCCACCGCAAUCGCAAGCCCAGCAAGCCCAAACGAAGCAGCAAAGUCAAUCGGGAGGGCAACAGUCUCAACAGCAACAGCCGCCACCGGUCGACGCUGGCACCGGAACAUUGACCAAGGACAAUAGAUCACCCCCACCCCAGCGGCACGUGCAUACGCAUCAUCAUACGCACGUUGGCCUAGGCUAUCCCCUAUUGACCGGACAAUAUCCCGCCCCUUACGGAGCGGCGAUGCUGGCGAGUCAGCAGGCCGCCGCGGUAGCCGCAUCGGUGAUCUCGCCAUUCCCGCCCAAGUGACCCGCGGCCCCCGGUCCCGUACUAGCAGCCGGAACAACCGGACCCACCUCCGCACAAACUCACCACACGUCUCAUCAUCCACCGCCGGUUAGCGGCGCAACCGCCGCAGGACAUCCGCACUCUGCUACCGCUGGCAGGCAACCUUAGGAUCGUCCCAGCAGUACCGCUAUUUCGGCUCUGCUACCUCUUCUUCGUUAACGCGACCAGAGAGAUACUCCAUCGGAGAAUGUACCAACUCUCGAUCCGUUUGUCAACUCGCCAACAGAAGCAGCAGCUGUGCAUCUGCCUGUUGUCAAGGCCGAUGUCAUCGUUAUCGUUCACCAUUUAACGUCUACGUCGAGAAUCAUCCGGACUCGCGACGAUCAUCCGGUCAUCGUGUAUGAUUGCUACUACUACCGCUGACGCUGAUGCUGACGGUAACGCCGACGGCGGUGCUGACGACACACACUGUUCACAAGCCUUCUCCUUGUCUCUGUCGUCUUUGUUGCUUCUGUGAAAAAGCGCGCCUGCCGUCUGAAUUGUGUCGCCGUUCCAUUUCCAAGGAAGAAAUCAUCUGUACGUACUAUGACGAUCCAUCGAGUCCAUUGCUAGGGGUACCAACUAGUUUCAGAGUCCAUCAAAUACCGAGAAACGACGGGUUUACGACUGAGAUUUCAGCGUCCUAUCGUACGCAUCUUAUGUUUUUGGGACUUUUCGUACAAGAAAAAUGCCAAAAAUUCAACAUUGCGUGGAGAAAACGAAUCGAUUCAGCAUAGACUCUACGCACAAUUUAUUCCAAAUUUCAAUAAAAUUCUUCCUCCAAGAUAUCGUUGAAACGAACGCGAUGAAGUCCCAAUUCACGUACCAUUGAUCUUCCAGUUCAAACGAAAGACAAACAUUUUCUAGAUUUUUAUACGAGCUUCUUACCUAUUAAUCUCUUCUUGGAUGCUGUUAACGGCGACGGCGACGAUGAAAACUACGGUGACGCAGGCAUUGCGAAACAACGUAUAGGAAUAAGAGCAGUAUUCGUGCGACCAACUCAUAAACGAGACUUCGGAUGCUGUUUGUUCGCAAGGAAUAGGUGUCACAUAUGAAAAGAAUGGCUCGAAACGGUUCGACGCAGCAUUGUACCUGCUUACUGGAAAUAUUUAAGGAAAUUCGGCGAUCCCAAAAUAGCGAGGAAUCGUUGCCCGCGAAAGCCGACAAGUAAUAAAGGGAAAAAUACGAGGAGAGUGGAGAGAGGAGAGAAAGGACACGAGGCAAGCGUGCGCGUAAUGAGACCCCGUUGCGUUAGACCGAGGACCGAGGACUGUCGUAGAGUCAUUGGGCAUCUUACGCAUAGGAAAGACGAUGGAAGUUGCUACGGCCGUACCGCGAACCAAUUGCCCGAUUUUUCUCCGAUGUAAGAGACUGUGUGCCUCGAACUGCGCCGAUUCACGUUCAGGCAACAUUUUUAUUGCACUUAGUAACGUAGAGAUGCGAAUGUGCGAGAGUGAUAAGCGGAAACUUUACUGCGCGUGUUUAUGCACGUUAUGUGCGUCGCAUAUUUUCCGUAACUCGUUGUGUAUAACGCGUACGUGCGAAUGUUCGAUUGAGAACUUUGUCUAUAAUGGUGAAAUUGUAGAUCGUUGUAUUUUAUUGUAAAAAGGAAGAAGAUUGCUGAACAACAGACUCGACAUUUUUCUAGAGAAAUUACGUGAUUCGCGAACGACACGUUUUUUAGACGAUUUGAUUACCUAACUACCAAGUAGAAUAUGCGUGGGCGUUGGUUAUACGAUAUCAAAUAAAUACGAACGAAAUAUACGUGUCGGAUAGGGAGGUAUAAGCGUAUAAUAAAUCACGAUAAUUCUAAAUAACGAUAACGUGACGAUAAGUGAUUGUACAUUGACUUUGCUAGAAUGCUAUUUGUUUACUAAAAAUAAUGUAGUUAACGUUGCGUGAGUACAAUAGACCGAGAACAUGAGUAGUGUGUAUGUGUAUGUGUGAUAUGAAUAUGGACACAGAAGUGUGCGUGUGGAGGAAGAGAGAAAGAGAGAGAGAAAGAGGAAGAGAAAGACAGAACAAGCGAGCAAAACGUAUAAGACUAAUUAACGAGGAAAAACUACUAGAUAUGUAUAGUAUAUAUAUACGCGUACAUAUGCACUACAGUGAUACGUACACGUAUAAUCUCCCGGCGGCUACCUAACAUUAGUGCAGUAACGAUUAUCAUUGUACCUUUUAUUGCAAUUAUUCAUUAAUAAUUAUCGGUUCUAUUACUUUAUUAUUAUACCGACGAUAAAAAAAAAAAGAAUAAGAACGUUGUACAGACAAUUGGUAAAUCUCGUUGCCAAGAAUUCGAAAUUAGUUUUAUCGUGCCGUGCGUAGUGUUGCAAAUGCCAAAUAAAAGAAAAGAGAAUAAGGCGUGUUUUUUUUUUUUUUUUUUUUUUCAUUCGAACAUAACAACGGCGAUAUUCAUUUAGCUGGAUACGUAAGAGAGAAAGAGAUCGAGAGAGAAAGUAUUGUCUGCGUGUGUGUGCGUGAAUGAAUGAAAGGGGGAGAGAGAAGGUGAGUGAGAACGGCGGAGAAACGCGCGGGGAAUCGUCUCAGUUUUAAUGAGACGCGUUCGAAGGAGAAUCGGGCGGGCUUUAAAGUAAAAAUGCUGGUGCUGUGCUGUGAUUUUUAUAAAAAAUAAAAAGAAAAAAACAGAGAAGAACGAUACGCGAAUCAUAGUAAGGAAAAGCCGAAGAUCUUGACGAAUUUUUAUGAAAAUAUACAGAUAGCCUAAGUACCUGGACCUGCCCUGCGCUCUCCACAAAUUUAAAUUCGAGUAGAGAAUAUUAAAGAAAAGCGAUUAAACGGAAAAAAAGUGAAAAAAAGAGAAAAGAAAAAAUACUAAGAGAACAAAAGAGGGAUGAAAAAUCAACUUGUAUGAAUUGUAUAGGCUGUAAAGUGUAUUUGCUUUUAAACGAAAAUUUAAUAUAGAUUGUUAAUCGCUAAUUGCGCGAAAAAAGGAGCUGUCUCCAAUGGUCGAAUACACUAUACACGUUCGCGUAUCGCAAAUUCCUCGUGCAACACGUUUCUUACGUUGUCCGUUCGAAUCGUACUGACGAAAAACCCCCAUUUUGCAGGCAAUAAAUUUACCAUGUAUUACGCUCAACGAUUACGUUUUAAACUUUUCUCCUGUUUUCGUUGAAACCGGCUCCUUCCUACGUUCGAUCGGUUAUCGUUUCGAUCUCCCGCGUAAAGAUCGGCACUGCGCCGAUCGAUGUCGAACUUGUUGAUACUUCCUCUCAACGCAAACGAGAUACAAACGUUGUAAUUAAUAAUUGGAGACAAUCUCCGACUAAGGAUAUAUUCUAGUGAGUGCUACGUAUUUGCCACGAUGUUGCAUAAUCCAUUGCGAAAAUCCUCAAACGAAUAAAUUAAAUGACAACAUAAGAUGGACUGACAUAUUAACGUAACGUAAUAAACAAGGACCCGUAUUCUUGUCUCCAUUUUUUUAGAAUGAUAAAAAUAGUGAGUCGUUACGCUUUAUAUAUUAUACACUUCGAAUAUAUGAAUAUACGAGUAACAUUACGUACAGAAGCAAAUACAAAACCGCAGGCAUCUUGUCGUUAAAUUGUAAGAUAUUGUGUUCAAACUCCAGAAUGUAAUCUGACCCCUUCCUCAGACUACUAUAUAUUAAUUAUAUUGUGCACUAUGCUCCAACUUGUCCAUACGAAUAAAUAUAUUGAAAAAUCUUA